AAGUUACAUAAGCAGUACUGUAAAUGAGGUGCUGUUUUGAGGUGCUGUUUAAAGAAGCCAUUGCAUUGUAGAUUUUUUAAUAAAACAAUUUGUGUUAUAAGGUCAGAUAUUAUCUUUUGUAGCAAGUUAUCAAAAUGAGUAAUACCAGAAGAACAAAAUUAACAAGUGAUUCGGAUGACAGUACUGAAGAUCUGAUUAUUAAAGAUGACCCAUCACCUCAUGGGAUGUUAACUACUGAGCCCAGCCUUAACUAUGUUGUUGAAGUUCCUAAUUAUACAAGCAAAAAAAAGUGCCAGUCAGUAAACAAAACUCUUUUUUUAGUUGUACUUUUGUUGUUAUUGGUUUGCACGAUAUUUAUCUAUCUUUAUUUUCAUGAACGCCACAUGAACUCACACAUUACGAACAAGUAUUGCACCUCCGGAGGGUGUGUCGAAUCAGCAGCAUUUAUCCAAUCAUCAAUUAAAGAAACUGUAAAUCCUUGCAAAGAUUUUUAUCAAUUUGCAUGUGGAGGGUGGUUAUCAAAAAAUCCAAUACCUGACAAUAAAAUAAGGUGGUCAAUUGACUCUGUUCUUCAUAAUAAAAAUAUGCUAAUUCAACGAAGUAUUCUAGAGAAUGCUUCAGUGCAACAGAAUAUACUGGGAAGUGUUGCAGAACAUAACACAUACAAAUUGUACCAAAGUUGUAUGAAUAUGACACGUAUUAACAGAAUUGGCACACAACCAUUAACUAAGUUGUUAAAAGAAGCAAGACUGAAAAUAGAUCAAUCUGGAGAUAAAAGAAGCAAAAUACGAACAUUGAUGCAUAACGUAUACAAUUCUGCAAGCAUAACGUCAUUUUUUGAUGUCUCAGUGGGGAUUGAUGAUAAAAACUCAAAAGUGUAUGUAUUAAAGUUUUCUCAAGCUGGCUUGAGUCUUCCAAUGUUUCGAUACAAGAACAGCUCUGAUAUUGUUAUCAAGGCAUAUAAAGCAUAUUUGAUUCAAUUAUACUCAAGACUUAACCAGGAGUUGACGACAGAUAAAACAACAACCAUUGUUAAUGAUGUUUUAACUUUCGAAAGACAGUUAUAUAAGAUCUUUGUGCCUAUGGAGGAGAGGACUACCAUCGACAAGACAUACCACCGUUCAACAUUAGCUAAUCUGGAUAAAAUGGUUCCUAUGGUAGAUUGGACAGCGUUUAUGAAAUUCAUAUACAAAGAUACAUCUAUAAAAAUUAACUCAAGUGAAGUUAUUCUUAUUCCAACAUUGAAGUAUUUUCAAAAGCUUCAAGGCGUGUUAGAAAACACAUCAUUCAGUGUGAUCAAAAACCACGCUUUGCUUCAUGUUGCUGCUGCAUAUGCUGACUUACUGACUGAUGAUAUCAUUUUGCUGCAAAAGAACUUAAGCAUUGCAAAGUUUGGUGUUUAUGAAAAACUUCCUCGUUGGAAGAGAUGUUUGUUUGCAACAGAUAAUGGUCUAGGCAUGGCAUUAGGUGGUAUGUUUGUCAAAAAAGCAUUUGCGCAGAAGAGUAAAACAGAGGCAAACAGUAUGGUAAAAAGAGUACGUGAUGCAUUCACAGAAACACUUUCCAACCUCGAUUGGAUGGACAGUGUUACUCAGAAAGCUGCUAAAGCAAAAGCGCAAAUGAUUGCACAAAAAAUUGGCUAUCCACAUUACAUUUUGGACCCAAAGAAAUUGGAUGAACAUUAUAAGGGGGUGAACUUGAAUGCGAUGACAUAUUUUGAGAAUGUAUUACAACUCACGCGACAUCAUGCAGAAAAAGAUUUCUUCGUGCUGCGUGACAAGGUGAACAAGAUGAAAUGGUUCAUGACACCACCGACAAUAAAUGCAUACUACAGUCCAAGCAACAACCAGAUAGUAUUUCCAGCUGGUAUUCUUCAACCACCUUAUUUUAAAGCUGAUUAUCCAAAGGUGGUCAACUACGGAGGCAUGGGUUCGGUUAUUGGUCAUGAAAUAACUCAUGGUUUUGACAAUGAUGGUCGAUUGUAUGACAAGUUUGGUAAUUAUCAUGGUAUAAACAAUUCUUGGUGGACAAAGUCGUCCGUUGAUGGAUUCGAAAAGAAGAAGAAAUGUUUUGUGGAUCAAUAUCAAAACUUUAUUGUUGUUGAGGGAAAACAUAUUAAAGGUAAUGUUACACUUGGGGAGAAUAUUGCCGACAACGGAGGUUUGAAAGCGUCGUAUAAGGCGUAUAAAACUUGGGUAAAGGAAAAUGGUGAAGAAGCUUUACUUCCUGGUUUGAAGAGGUCAAAUGAUCAAGUCUUUUUUAUAGCUUUCGCGCAAGUAAGAUUUUUACAUGUUUUUGUUUAUGUAAGUAUUUUGUUAGUAUUUAUCAACUAUAUUAUUUUUGUAUGUGUCAUAACUGAUUUCAUUUUUAUGGACCUUUUGCUGGAUUUAUUUUGUGAUUCAAUGCUAAAAUAUUUUGUGUUUUACGAGAUUUAUAUUCAUUAUUCUGAUAUUUAACAAAACAUUUUGCGA